CACCGCGAGAGCGCCCAUUGCCACAAAACCCACCACUACCAUGAGCUCAGCCUCAGUCACAUUCUUCAAACCCAUGGCCAUCUUCUUCUGCACCAACGGCCCCAUUGAUUCUUCCUCAUCAUCUUCAUCAUUUGCCGAAUCAUAUCGCCGGCGAUGGAGCAAUCCCCUGAGACGCAGGAGGUUGGAUCAACCCCCGGAAAUCGUCCGCCAUUGGGUCGAAGCCGAAGCAAAUCAUUCACUUCCACCUCAAGAAAGAGUUAUGGUGGUGUCAUAUAACAUUUUGGGAGACAGAAAUGCUUUCAAACACAGAGACCUAUACCAAAAUGUUCCUUCAAUUUAUAUGACAUGGGGCUACCGAAAGAGGAUUAUAUGCAAAGAACUCAUUGGAUGGAAUGCUGAUAUAAUCUGUUUGCAAAACUUGAAGGUGUUUGCAAAUUUUGGAUAG